AUGUACUGGUUAUUGCUCGUACUAGUACAACUGGCUUUAGCGCAAAAGGAAUGUCUGAUAUCGAAAGAUUCCGGUUAUGUAUGUGAUGAAGAGGCCGGCCAGCGAUUUUACUUUGAUAUGCGUAUGAAACGAUGCCAACCAUUCUAUUACAAGGGUUGUGGAGGCAACGGGAAUGCGUUUAUGACACGUGACGAAUGCUUGAAAAAGUGUUCAGAUGUCAAAGGAGAAACCGCCAUUCAAGCUGUAUGCAAAUCUGGAGCGUAUGCCGCUGGAGCCACUUCAUUACCGGAACCACUUGACUGUACGGAAUGUCCAAAAGGAUAUGAAUGCGAAAACAAGCUAUGCUGUCCAAAAAAAGGUAUUGGUUUUGCAAUAUACUGA